CGUUGUAGCACGCUAUAACCUGUGUACUUAACCUUAUCAGUCAUACUUGCAUUAAGAUUAAACUAAAGGUGUGUUGUGAUAAUUACGUGAUUAUCAAUUGUUUCAUCCCGGCUGGCACCAAAACUUCUGGUAGAAAUUUCGUGAGAAUUAGAGGAUUGUUAUUCUUUGUGCAAAAUCAUGUCUGGUGAAGAAGACAAAUUCAUUAACAUCCUGCUGCUCGGCGAGACCGGCACUGGAAAAUCAACAUUCAUUAAUUCGUUUGCGAAUUAUAUGCAACAUGCAACGCUGGAAGAUGCUGAGAAUCUCCCGAAAUGUCUAUGUCUGAUUCCAACAAAGUUCUCAGUGCUUACCGAAAAUGGCGACGCGAUCACGAUCAAUUUUCAGAGGGACGAUAAUGAAGACGAAACGUUUGGUAAUUCGUCAACCCAAGCUACGAAAGCGUACGUUUUUCCUUUCGGUGCCAAGAUGAUUCGCAUUAUCGACACGCCGGGAAUAAACGACUCGCGCGGCGCUGUUACCAAAGACAAAGAAAACUUUGAGAAUAUCCUCGAGUACAUCGGUCAGUUGAAGUACCUGCAUGCAGUGUGCUUCCUUCUCAAACCGGAUGUGACUGUUCUUACGGACGCCUUCAAAUACUGCAUGGGCGAGUUGCUCUCACGUCUGGACCGCUCUGCCGCCGACAAUAUUGUCUUCUUCUUCUCGCGCACGCGCAGUAGCGAGUAUAAGGCACCAGAAUCCAUCGGAUGUUUGAAACGAUUUUUAAACGAGAUUACUAAAAGCAAAGGUGUUACAAUUCCGCUACGUUUUAAGGUAAACGAGCGAAACAAUUGCUUUUAUUUCGACAACGAAGGAUUCAAUUAUCUUGUUGCACGUGAACAAGGUGUGCAUGUUGGUCAGCCGGCAAAACUGAAAGAAAGCUGGGAGAAUUCAUAUAAAUCCUGUUGGGCAUUUAUUGAUUACAUUCUGGGUACCAAAGAGUAUGCGCCACUACCACCCCACAAUGUGCUGGACACAGUAUCAAUCAACAGAGCACGUCUGCUUAUCUUUGAGUUAGCAAAACCGCUGGCUGAUAUCAUCGAGCUAGUGCAGGAUAAUGUAAAUGCACUCAAGAAUCAUAAGAAAAGUAUUGUCGAUGUACAAAACAACGCAGUUCAACUGAAAAGGAAACUGUAUUUACCAGUCAUAGAAUUACAGGAAUCUCCGCUUCAGCAACCUGCAACCAUAUGUACAUCAGCAAAAUGCACCGAAGUUUACACGAUCGCAGGAGUUCAGAAAAAUCACUUCAAACAGGUUUGUCACAGUCCUUGCUUCUUACCGGGCGUUUUAAAGGAAUUCAUCGGCGACCCUGUGUUGUUUGCCUGCGAAGCGAUGGGUUGGAGCACCAACUGCAGAAAGUGCGGGUGCAAUUUUCUGAAUCACACGCACGUGUAUUACGAAACACGUGCGGAGGAGUCACGUUUGUUGGAUAGGUCGGUUGAGGCUCAGCUUGAAUCCAACGAGGACCUCAAUAAAGCAUACACCGAGUGUGUUCUUGAGCUUGAGAAACGCUUGGAAGAUUUACAAAAGGAACAGAAGACAAUUUCGACCGCUAUGGCUAUGUUUGCUCAUUUCUUGCAGAAUAAUUCUAUUUGUCCGAUUAACGACUCAUAUGAAGCUUAUCUUGAUAGCUUAAUUAAACGUGAAAAGUCUGCGGUAAACCCGGAAAAGGAUCUUUUGGAUCGCUACGAAUCGCUGAAAGAAGAGCACAUCAAACAAAAGCGCCACCUGGAUGUAGCGGCUGAAUUAGCAAAGAAGCAGAAUAUUAAACACGUCACCCCGGAUCAAAUCUUAGCCGCCUUCAAAGACUUGAAGGAGCUGCCGCUCACCGGAAAGAAGAUUGACAGUCUGCAUCGUUUAUUCGUCGAACGCAAGCAGAGCGAAAUGCUGAAGAAUAUGGAGUAUGUGCAUUCUUUACCGCCACAGCCUAGAAACGAAGAUAAAGGCAACGACGAGUUGGAACAAAUGCAAGCAGUCAUUUUGAACCUGCUUAGUUCCAAUUAUCAGCAAGCGGCAAACGCUUUAUACAAGGAGUUUGUUGAGAAAAAGGAACAGCCUCCAAAUAUGGUUAAGAAAAUGACAGAUUGGUUCUCUAACCUGUCACUCCCUUAACAACAAUUUUAAUAAUACAUUUCAAGUGGAGGGUAGGAUUAACUUGAAUGCUUUUAUCCCAAUAUAUUUUUUAUAAUCAAUUGAAUCACGAAGUAUUUAUACUUAAAACAAUAAAUAAAAUACCAGAAUAA